AUGCUCACUGGUCGACUUUUCGGUUAUCUGUGCUCACGGUCUUUCACCAAAUGCUCAAAUAUUGCCAGCAGAUUCACACGAGAUGGCUUGCGAGAUCGAUUACGGCAUCAAGAAUUUAAAGAGCUCGCAAAAACACGAGAUGCUCAAUCUGCUGUCAAGCAAGCUUUCAGUCCGGAUUCACGAUCAGUGAGGCCGUUAUCAGAUUUGUGGAAAGCUCUCCGUUUCACACUAGCCACCGGCGCAACAACAUUUUCAAUAGCAAUAAUCACAGAAGUAUAUCAACGAAGGAAGGAAGAAGCUGCAUUGCCAACAAGUGUUUUAGAUGUGGUCAAAAUGUAUUUCGAUCCUAAGGUUGAAGCUGGCACCGAAUAUCGAUUGACGACAGGCGAAAAGCACUUGGCACUUCUGAUAGGACUGAAUAUCGCGGUGUACCUGUUAUGGAAAGGGAAGUCAAUUAAGCCGUUUAUGACUCGAUACUUCACAAAUAGCUAUGCAUCAAAAUCGUUGUGCUCGCCCAUGUUAUUAAGCGCGUUUUCACACUCUUCCAUCAUUCAUCUCGGACUCAACAUGUAUGUCAUGUCCACAUUUGCACCACACAUCAUCGAGAAAUUCAUGGGACCCGAGAAAUUCUGGUCUUUCUACAUUACCGCCGCUGUAGUUUCAUCUUUUAUAAGCUUGGUGGACAAAGCAGUGAUGCGAUCCGGAAUCAGAGCUCUCGGAGCAAGUGGAGCUAUUCUAGCUGUCCUCACAUACACUUGUAUGCAGAUCCCAGAUGCUCGACUUUCGUUGAUAUUCGUACCCGGAUUUGAAUUCUCCGCCAAAAGUGCAGUAUAUGGAAUCAUUGCAUUUGACCUUCUUGGGCUGUUCUUACGAUUCCGUCUAUUCGAUCACGCAGCCCAUCUUGGCGGAUCACUAUUCGGCGUUGGUUAUGCACUUUUCCUUCAAGAAGCAAUUUGGGACAAAUACGGAAUGUGGUUAGAGAAUCUUGUAUUUUCAUCGGAGCGAAGCUGA